AUGGACGGCUAUGGCAGCUCCGGGGACGAGGCGGAGCGCCCCCGCCGCGCCAGAUCUGACGCCGCGCGCAAGCGGGGCGCGCGUCGGUGGCUCAACCGCGGGAGCCGGAGGAGGAGCUCACGCCACACGCCAUCAAGCUCGAGCCCGCUGCGCCGAGGCGUGUUCGGGCCCGAGGACUACCUUCCCCCGAGACAGGAGGAGCUCCUCGAGCGCGUCGUCCUCGAGCAGUCGGCGAGGGAGCAGGAGGAGUUGGAAGAGCGCCACCGCCGCGAGCUCGAGUACGAGCAGCUCUUCCUCCAGACGGGCGUCGCCGCGUUGCAGGCGCACGCGUCCAAGGAGGCUGACCUGCGCUUGAUGAAGGCGGAGCAGGCUAAGUUCUACAUCGACCUCGACUCCUCCGACUCCGAUUGA